UACAAAAAAAUGUUUGCUGGGAAAGCAGCGACGCUUAUAAGUCAAGCGCUCGUCUUCAGCUUCGUACUCGGACUUCUGGGGACCUGCUGCAGGGCGCAACUACAGGAAGAGGACAAAGCCAAACAAUUCUCUGGGACGACAGGUGAAGGGGGCGGAGCUUUCUUCGCCCUGAGGAGCUGCCACCAGAGUCUGGGCGGUGACGGCGGCGAAUUCUUUUCUCCUGACUAUGUUUGCGCCAACCCGCCGCUGUGGUGCAACUGGACCAUCCGGGCCCACGCCGGCAUGCGGGUCCACCUGCACCUGCAGGACCUGACCCCUGACGAGGAUUGCCACCUGAAGCAGGACCAAAUACACGUGGAUGAACCCCCCGGACCCUCUGCCGGUCACCGGGUACUGCGGGGGUGCUGGCACGAGGCCACGUACACCUCCCGCUCCGACACGCUGUACGUGGUUCUGCUGAUUGGUGGUGGCCCCGCUCAGCAGUACCGAGGAUUCUACGCACGCUACCGCACCUUUGGACCUCCAAUGGCCUAUCACCCGCCAGAUGGCAUCUCUGGGCAGGAAGGGAAGCGGAACAGUCAGAUCUGGGAUGAGUUUGGAGCGAUGAUUGCAGUGGAGCGCGAGCGGCAUCCCACGGCGACCGCUGCCGUGUUUCCCUUGUCGGAUCCUCCCGAUAAAGCUGCCGACUCGUCUGUGGACCCAGAUGCACACGCGCCGUCGUGGUUGGAGACCAUGCCGCCAUCAGAGUCCCCACACGGGACCUCCUGGGCAGAAAGAGGCGCCCCCCGAAUGCUCUCGGACCCGUCCGACCUUGCGCGACCGUCGCACGAGCUUCUGAACAGACCUCCCGGCAGCUCCCUUCACAUCUUGAACGCCAAACGCAGGGACGCCGACCCAGGUCCAAAUCUGCCGGAAGAUGAACAGAAAUCAUUCGAAGCAGGAGAAAAAAACAUGGAGGCCAAGGAGACACCCUCAUUAUCAUCACCUGAAGAAGAACCGGGGUGGACUCUUCCACACCCCAACAUUGUGGAACCGCUUUCGGACCACAGAGGGAAGUUGAAUGUCUGGAACGCUUCUCAAGUUCUACACGAGCCCGGUGAUCGGCUGUUUGAAGUGUCCGUGGAGGUCCAGCUCAGUCAGGACCAGAACCAGGACCAUUUGGACGAAUUGCUGAUGAAGUCUGUCAAGGCUCUGGUCCUCAAACAUCUGGACGGGCUUCGCAUCCCACUCAGCUUGACCUUCAAAAGAGUUAAAAGGCUUCGUGCGGGCUUUCUGUAUAUAAUGUGGCUCAACGCUGGUCGUGGGCGUGCUCACGUGUACGCUGGCGUGCACCAGGACCUGCACAAGCUGGUCGGUAGCGCCGUUGCCCGAGCCGGGAACCUGCAACAUGGUGUCAUCGCUUCAGUCUCCAUUGGAGACGUCAACGAAUGUGGAACGCAGUUGGCGCUGUGUGACGUUAAUGCUGACUGUUUGGACCAGUUUGGCUCUUACUGGUGCCGCUGCAAAGACGGCUUCCGGGACGAGUCGCACUUGGGACCCAGAGGAACCGUGUGUGUGGACCACAAGCCUGCAGGUUGCACUUCGGGCCCGUCUGCCGAGACCAAAGCCGUGUACGUGCUCUUCUUCCUGCUCAGCUCGCUGCUGCUGACGUCGCUGGCGGCGGCGUGUGCGCUCUAUCGCCGCCACCGCCGGGGGGCCUUCUUGCUCGCGGGCCGGGACACGGCCCGAGCGGAUCGGGGCUAUGCCGACAACGCCUACGCCAGCCCCGCCGACUCGGACCUGCCACCGCCUCCGCCGCCCGCCAGGGGGCCGCGGGACGCUUGGACCCUGCAGAAGGAGCGACUUGCAGCUGUGGAUCUUCCGCUGCUUCGCUUCAGCCCGCUGACUCCGUCCGAUGUCUACACGGACCCACAAGAAGGUGGCAAGAAGUGA